AUGAGACCACCAUGUGUACGUGUUUUGCCGAAUUGUUGAGCUGUCAAUUUAAACAACGAACCAUUUUAUUCACAUGAAGCUAAACACUACACUAGAAAAAUAUGGGCUUUUUAGAAGAUACUUUUGUGAUAUUAAUUACUCAGGUACUGUUCUUUGCAGGAGGAUGGGUUUUCUUUGUAAAAAAACUUUUUCGUGACUAUGAAGUCCACCAUCGAUUAGUACAGCUCAUCUUCUCUGUUACAUUUUCUCUGUCUUGUACAAUGUUUGAAUUGAUCAUUUUUGAGAUAAUAGGAGUUUUAGAUACAAGUUCUAGGUAUUUUCACUGGAAUGCUGGACUUUACAUGCUCCUGUUUAUGGUCAUAGUUUUGAUACCAUUUUAUAUAGCAUAUUUUAUUAUUAGCAACAUUAAUUUUGUAAGGAACCACUUGAUAAGACCAUUAACUAUAUUAGUAUAUCUUUCCUACUUAUACCUAUUCUGGAAAAUUGGAGAUCCAUUUCCAAUUUUAAGUCCUAAAAAAGGCCUAUUGUCGAUAGAGCAAGGUGUAAGCCGCAUUGGAGUUAUAGGUGUAACAGUCAUGGCCCUGUUAUCAGGAUUUGGUGCCGUGAACUACCCAUAUUCUUCUAUGACUUACUUUAUGAGGCCUGUUUCAUAUGCAGAUGUUCAGUCUAUAGAGAAGCGACUGCUGCAAACGAUGGACAUGAUUGUUGCAAAAAAAAAACGAAUAGCGUUAGCUAAGAAAGGUGAAGUUUCAGCACAGAUUGAAGCUCGUUCUCGACUAUGGGGCAUAUUGUCCCCAUUAAGUAGCAUGAAAGGGAACCAGGAAAAUGUGAAACAACUUCAGCAAGAAGUAUCUGCUCUAGAAGAAUUAUCUCGACAACUCUUUUUAGAAGCUCAUGAUAUCCAUAAUGCAAGAGAACGAUUGGAAUGGGCUGCUACAUGGCAGGGAAAAUACUUCAACUUCCUAGGCUAUUUCUUUUCUAUAUAUUGUAUGUGGAAAAUCUUCAUUUCGACCAUAAAUAUUGUCUUUGAUCGAGUUGGUAAAAAGGAUCCUGUCACCAGAGGCAUUGAAAUAGCAGUUCACUGGAUUGGCUUUAAUAUCGAUGUUACAUUCUGGUCACAACACGUAUCCUUUUAUUUAGUUGGAUGCAUCGUGGUUACUUCAAUUCGAGGAUUGUUGCUCACACUUACCAAGUUCUUCUAUGCAAUAUCCAGUAGUAAAUCAUCGAACAUAAUUGUACUUAUUCUUGCGCAAAUAAUGGGCAUGUACUUUGUGUCAUCCGUACUUCUUAUGCGUAUGAAUAUGCCUGCAGAGUAUCGUAUAAUAAUAACGCAAGUGUUAGGUGACCUGCAGUUUAAUUUUUAUCACCGUUGGUUUGAUGUCAUAUUUUUGGUAUCAGCGCUUUCUUCUAUUGCCUUUUUAUAUUUGGCUCAUAAACAAGCACCUGUUGAACGUGCAUGAAUAAAACCAUUUUUUACACAACAAAAUGACUUGAAAAUAAUCCAAACACUUUGAAGUAUACUUAAGGUGUACUAAAUGGUUCAAGAGAGCUUGAUAUAAAAUAUACUCAGUUCAUUACUGUGUUAAAACAAACCAGUCAAGGAUUCCUAUUUUAAUGUUUAAACGUAACAUAUUUAUUGCUAAACUAUUCACUGCUAUGAGUAGGUACGAAUAUAAAAAUGUGUUACAUUGGAUCACGUCUACAUAAAUAUCUUCGAACUUACACUGCUCGAAUAUACUAAGCACAGUUUAAAAGUC